AUGUUCUUUCUCUACAACAUGGAGCGCAGGGUCACCCUGCACCCCUCCUAUUUCGGCCGAAAUAUGCACGAGCUGGUGACCAGCAAGCUGCUGAAGGACGUCGAGGGCACCUGUGCCGGCAGCUACUACAUCAUCUCUAUCAUGGACACGUUCGACAUUUCCGAGGGUCGGAUUCUGCCGGGCAAUGGGCUGGCCGAGUUCACGGUCGGGUAUCGAGCGGUCGUCUGGCGGCCGUUCAAGGGAGAGACGGUCGAUGCCGUGGUGUACUCGAUCAACCCGCAGGGUUUCUUCGCCCAGGCUGGGCCACUGCGUCUUUUUGUUUCGGCGCAUCUGAUUCCGAGCGACAUCAAAUGGGACCCCAACGCCACACCGCCACAGUUCACUAACAAUGAGGACACUGUCAUCGAGCCCGGGACACACGUGCGGGUCAAGAUCAUAGGCACCCGUACCGAGGUUGGAGAGAUGUGGGCGAUUGGCAGCAUCAAGGAGGACUAUCUCGGAUGCCUUCAGGACUGA